AUGUUGUCUCGUCUUGCUCGUGUCCAGACUAAAUGCAACCAAUUCGCCUACUUCAGCACUUCCAAGUCUGCAGCUGCUGCUCCAACUGUCAAGCUGUGGAUCGAUGGACAGUCUGUCGAAUCGAAAUCAACUGACUUCGUCGAGCUGACUAACCCAGCUACCAACGAGGUUAUCGCACUUGUUCCAAACGCUACUCAAGCUGAGAUGCAAGCUGCUGUUGAUUCGGCAAAGAACGCCUUUAACACUUGGAAGAAUACAUCUCCACUUACUCGUCAACAAUGCAUGUUCAAACUUCAAGCUCUUAUCAAGAGAGACAUGAAGAAACUUGCUGAGAGCAUCACCAUUGAGCAAGGAAAAACGCUUCCAGAUGCUGAGGGAGAUGUUAGCAGAGGUCUUCAAGUUGUCGAGCACGCUUGCUCCGUUCCAUCUCUCAUGAUGGGAGAGACUCUUCCAAAUGUUUCUCGCGAUAUGGAUACACACUCCUACAGAAUUCCACUCGGAGUCACUGCUGGAAUCUGCCCAUUCAACUUCCCAGCUAUGAUCCCACUUUGGAUGUUCCCAAUUGCUUUGGCCACUGGAAACACCAUGGUCAUCAAGCCAUCUGAGCAAGACCCAGGAGCAGCUCAACUUCUUGUUGAACUCGCCAAGGAGGCUGGAGUUCCAGAUGGAUGCGUCAACAUUAUUCACGGACAACACUCCGCUGUCAACUUUAUCUGCGAUAAUCCAGAUAUCAAGGCUAUUUCCUUCGUUGGAGGAGAUGCGGCUGGAAAGCACAUCUACGAGCGUGGAUCCAAGAACGGAAAACGCGUUCAAUCCAACAUGGGAGCCAAAAACCAUGGAGUCAUCAUGGCUGAUGCCAACAAGGAGCAAACUCUUAAUCAGCUCACCGCUGCCGCUUUCGGAGCCGCUGGACAACGUUGCAUGGCUCUCACCACCGCCGUCCUCGUCGGAGAGGCUCGUGCCUGGCUCCCAGAGCUCGUGGAGAAAGCUAAGAACCUGAAGGUUAAUGCUGGAUGGAAACCAGAUACUGAUAUUGGACCACUUAUCUCCAAGCAUUCCAAGGCUCGCGUUCUUCGUCUUAUCGAGAGCGCAAGAAAGGAGGGAGCACAAAUUCCACUCGAUGGUUCCAAUAUCACUGUUCCAGGAUUUGAAAAUGGAAACUUUGUUGGACCAACCAUUCUUGCUGGAGUCAAGCCAAACAUGACCUGCUACAGAGAGGAAAUCUUCGGCCCAGUACUUGUUGUCAUGGAAGCUGAGAACCUCAACGAAGCUAUCGAAAUUAUCAACAACAACCCAUACGGAAACGGAACCGCCAUCUUCACCAGCAACGGUGCCACCGCCAGAAAGUUCACCAAUGAAGUCGAUGUCGGACAAAUCGGAAUCAACGUGCCAAUCCCAGUCCCACUCCCGAUGUUCUCGUUCACUGGCUCUCGCGGUUCCUUCCUCGGAGAUCUCAACUUCUACGGAAAAGCUGGAAUUCAAUUCUACACUCAAUGGAAGACAGUUACUCAAUACUGGAACGAGUCCCUCACCGAGCUCAAGCCACAAAUGUCGUUCCCACAACUCAAGUAA